UGAAGAGCGCGGCAGCAGGCAGCAGCGAGCGAUUCGUGAUUCGUGAUGCGUGAUGGAUUUCGUUCUCUUGGACCGGAGCAGUCUGUGCAUAUAGACACGCUUACCCGUAGCCUCACGAUCAAAGGCAGCGUGGCAUGGACAGCAUCUCAACCUGACUCCAUACUGACUGCUCACACCUCAGCAUACCAAACGGCUAACUGCUUGCGAUCAAUCACAAUCACAUUUGCGCUCAGCUGUCAACCGCUGGCUUAAAUCUGCGCACUUUCGUGAUAUCCGCUAUUUUGUACUCUUCCAUCACAAACCCUUUUGCGAAACAGCCGGGGCUCAGCACCUGUCAUUAGCCAAGCUCGCACUGCCCGUGUAGUAGCGGGACUACUGGCCUGGAAUCCUCCUAUCAUCACACGUGCGGACACCCGCAGGCGCUCACCACGAUGCCUGCCAAGCAAGAGGGCAUGAUCUUCAAGGCCACCUACAGCGGUGUGCCUGUGUACGAAUGUCUGAUCAAAGGCGUUGCUGUGAUGCGACGCAGAUCCGACUCGUGGAUGAACGCUACACACAUCCUCAAGGUUGUGGGCCUGGACAAGCCACAGCGUACCCGCGUCCUGGAACGAGAUGUGCAAAAGAACACGCAUGAAAAGGUGCAGGGUGGAUACGGCAAAUAUCAAGGUACCUGGAUCCCCUUGGAGCUAGCUGUCCAGCUGGCAGACGAGUACAAGGUCGCUCAUCUUCUUGACCCGAUUACCGGCUAUCAGCCCACCGCCGAGUCGCCUCCACCAGCUCCAAAGCAUGUCAUUGCGCCAUCCAGUCGUUCCAAAAAGGCUUUGGGCGAGGCUCGCGCUGGUGCUCGGCGCGCCACGAGCCUAGAGUCGGACAGCGAGAUACUGAGCGGAGGUCGUGCGCAGGGCACGGAGGGCACAAUGAGCCCCAGCCCAUCUCAAAUCAGCAGCUCUAGUCGCACACCCAGCCCCAUCGCUGGUCAAUCGGCAGUGCCGACCUACUACACCUCGCAGGGCGCUGGUGCAGUCCGCAGCCAAGGUGCUGGAGGUGCAGCAGCAGCUGCUGCUCAUAGCAUGGGCAUCGACCCUUAUGUACGGGAGCCCAGUCCUCAGUCCCGAUAUGCCGAGAUAAUCCUGGACUACUUCAUCUCGGAGACGACGACUAUUCCACCCUUGCUCGUCUCUCCGCCCGCCGACUUUGAUGCGAACAUGUCCAUCGAUGAUGACGAGCACACUGCGCUCCACUGGGCUUGCGCCAUGGGACGGAUUCGUGUAGUCAAGCUGCUUCUUUCUGCAGGAGCCGACGUGUUCAGGGUGAACGGCUCGGGUCAAACUGCCCUUAUGCGAGCGGCCAUGUUCAGCAACAACUACGACUUGAGAAAGUUCCCAGAACUGUUCGAGCUGCUGCAUAGGUCCAUUCUCAACAUCGAUCGCAACGAUAGGACCGUCUUUCACCAUGUCGUCGACUUGGCCCUUUCACGCGGCAAGCCUCACGCUGCUCGAUACUACAUGGAAACCAUGGUCAAUCGUCUUGCAGAAUAUGGCAGCCAGCUGGCAGACAUUCUCAACUUUCAAGACGACGAAGGAGAGACACCUCUGACCAUGGCAGCAAGAGCGCGUUCCAAGCGUAUCGUCCGAUUACUUCUUGAACACGGCUCGGAUCCCAAAAUUCGAAACAAGGACGGCAAGAGCGCCGAAGAUUACAUCGUCGAAGAUGAGCGCUUCCGAGCCAGCCCGCCCCGCGGAGCAGGCUAUGGAGGGCUACUGGGUGAAGGCGCUGCAACGAAUGCAGCUCUGCACACCAGCGAAGCCGGUCAACGCGCCGGUGGUAGAGCAACACAGCUGAUGCAAUCUCUUCUGGGCAAUCUGGCGGACAGUUACGAUUCGGAGCUGAACAGCGUGGAGAAGAAGCUGGCUCAAGCUCACGCUCUGCUGGCCCAGAUCCAGGCCGAAAUUGCAGAGUCGGCCAGGCAAGAAGCUGCAAAGCAGGCAGUGGGCGGACCGGGUGGGGACGCCACGUCGGAAGCAACCGCAGAUGGUGUCAAGGGUCUUGCUAAUGCUGAACUGGCUCUGACUCGCGGAGUGGAGAAGCGCAGCCGAGAGCAGAUGGUCAGAGAAUGGGCAGAAGUGGAAGAAAGCGUGAAGCGUGUACGAACGGAGAGGAAUUUGCCCGAUGGAGCCUUGCUUCCCACCUCGAAUGGCGAAGCCAGCUCUGCGACUGUCGAGGGUCUGCUCGCUCCUGCGCCAGGAGGCGAUACAUCAGCAGCCAUCGCCUCGCUGCGCCAAAAAGUGACGGACUUGAAGACGAAGCGAUCCGAAGUGGUGAAGAAGUUUGUGGAGCAUGCGAGGGAGCAAGGAGCUGGGAAACAGGCUUUGGCGUACAGGAGGCUCAUCGCUGCGGGUUUCGAGGGAAACAUUGGGGCGGAAGAGGUGGAUCACGUGGUCAGUGCUCUGGUCGAGCUGCUCGAAGACAACAACAAGGCUGGAUCGAGUGGCGCGGGUGGAGAGGGCGCCUUGGCGUCCGAUGCCAAUGCUAGAACGAGCGGCGCGAAUGGUAGCGCCAACGCCAAUGGCAACGCAGAUCAGGGAGCUGCUGCGCUACUGAAGAGUGUCCGCGCAGGAUGAGAGAAAGGCGAUGCUGCCCUUCCUCUCGUCAAAUGGCCGCUGCUUCGUCAGCUCGAUUCUGACGAGGACACGCUUCACCCGCUAGCAAUGCCUGUUGAGAAGCCUUGACCAGUCACGCAUAUCGAUUACGCCCCUUGCUCUGAUGCCCACGAAUACGCUGCUCUUGUACGUCGUUUGAUGCUAAAUUGAUGAAUGUUCAGCAAUGACAGGA